AAUGUAGAGAGCCCUAUCUAAUAACACGUGCAUAACUGGGAUGCGAUCAUUGCUGUAAGACCUCCAUCGAGAAAAUUUCCAGGACCCCACCGGCAACCCAUCUCUUCACGUGCAUUGAAUUCAGGAAAACUUGAAAUAUAUAUCACAAUGGCAACGAUCCUGCGAUAUGUCAGGUAUUUACGACAAAGCGGUAGUAUUGCGAGGAAGAUAAAUAUAAGUCAGAGCCACAUUGAAUCGAGGGUUACGAGACUCCAGAAUCGAGGCGUAACAAGAAAUUAUGCAACGAGAGCAAUUAAUCGACCGGUACAGCCUAUUUAUGGUUUUGAGAAGUCCUUCCAAUCUCUUGAAGUACAGCUGAGACGUUCUGGAAGAACCAGCAGAGUCGAUAUUGAGAGGAUACUUGGAGAAAUACAAUUAGCAGGGAACGUUCCAAGUCUUGAGGCUCUGUUGCUCAUUCGUUGUUGUGGAAGACCUUUGAUCGACCAAAAUUCUAAAGAGGGAAUUCAAUUGGUUCAAGAAAUAUGGGAUACACUGCAAAGAUUGAAAAUUCCUAUGGACGCGUCUCACUACAAUGCACUCCUCAACGUGUACCUGGAACGGGAUCACGAUUUUUCCCCCGCGGAAUUCCUCCAGAUGAUGGUGGAAAAUAAGAUCAUACCAAAUCGUGUGACUUACCACCGCCUGAUCGAGAGUUAUUGUCGCAAGGGUGACAUUGCAAAUGCGACAAAAAUAAUCGACAUGAUGCGGUCAAAUAAUUUCCCACUCUGUGAGAAUGUCUUCAAUUCCCUGAUAAUCGGUCACUCCGAGGCGAACGACAUGCAAAGUGCAGAGAAAAUUUUAGAAACAAUGAAAGCCGCAGGUAUCGAGCCCUCAGCUGACACCUACGGGGCUCUCCUCUGUGCCUACGCUAAACGUGGAGAUCUGCCCUCCAUCAACAAAACAAUAGCCACCCUGGAAUCCCUAGAGAUAGCAUUACUGGAUCAACACCUGAUGGACAUAAUCGAGACCCUCGUCACGAACGGACACAGCGACAAAGCUGCAGAGUUCUCUCUGAAUCUCCCAAAAGAGAUAAAACAAGAUACAGAAGUUGGUCGACUCCUUAUUAAGAUAAUGGACGCCAAGGAAACAAAAUUAGCUCUAGACAUUCUUAAGAAUACGACAACAGACGCUGCCAGAUUGCAAGUUCGCGCUGGAUUUCUCUUACGGGCAGCAGCAACGAACAAAUUAUACACUCCAGACGAACUAAUCGAUCUUUGCAACGUCCUAGGAGAUGGAGGAUAUCACUUAAGACCUCACUCCUUUGCACUGUACCACUUACUUUCACGGAAUCCAUCCUCCAGCAUAGCCAUUCCUCUCAUGAAAAAUUGGGAGAAACAGGGAGGACAAAUAAGAGAGCACUUCUUCUGGCCACUGCUGCGAGAAAAAGCUCGCGCUAGUAAUUACCAGGGGAUCAUUGACGUCCUCGAAUCGAUGGUCAACGAUUUUAAAAUAGUUCCAUCAGUAGAUACUCUACGAGAUUACACUAUUCCUUUCAUGUUUGGAACAUGGGACACCAUAAUCAGCAAACUUUUGCCCUUGGGCAUUGAAAAAAAGACAAUUUUACAAGCGAUUGCCCAAAGGUCGAUUAAUGACAAGAAAUUGAGGAACGCUAUGAUGUUCAUGACGUCCUAUCCCAUCAAGUACUCGAAGGAUUUGUUCUUGGAGCCUAUGGCGUUCUCCUUGAAUAUGUGGGACGAUACAAAAUCGUUCGUCACUAUUUUGAGAUUUUUAGAGGAUGAGUCCUCUGAAAAUUCCGAAGCUAAUACAGAUAAUCUGCCAAUGAGUAUUGUUGAUGAGGCUGUAUCAACAGUUCUAUCAACCGUUCCCAAGUAUCGCCCGAAUAUUGUGGAAAAAUUGCUCUUCGAUCUUGAGGCUGCCGGUCUCAGUAUAUCUGUCGAAGUAGGAGAGAAUGUAAAGGCCUUUUUUGAGUCGAAGAAAGCAAAAGAGCUCGAACCUAUUAUCGCCAAGCUGACGUCUGGAGAGUUAACUCCAGUCCCAAUUGAGGAAUUCAACGCUCUUCUCAAGGACAAGAAUAAUGAUUAUAUUAAGAGACCAACGGGAGUGCAUAUACCAGACUUAAGGGUUCAAUUCUCUCGUCACUUGGAGGAUAAGAACGAGGAGAUGGUCCUCAAAAUUUUAAGGCAAUUUGAAGCGUUAGAUUAUCAAUCGCCACCGAUUUUGGCUCAAGCCCUUGAUCUUUUCUGCAUGACGGAGAAUCUGGAAGCAGCAGAGCACUGCUUCAAGCAGUUUAAAGAGCGCUGUCUCGAGGCAGAGCUCGACACAAUGAAGAUACUGAGCUUUGCUGCAUUGUACGUGAAGAACAAUCGGUUUGAAGAUGCUCUGAAGAUCAUCGCUGAAGCCCCCAAGCUAGAAGGCAGCGAGAAACUCUCACGGGGACUUAAAAUAAAAGUCAGAUCACUCCUAGAGUCAAUGGCAGAGACCCAAAAUAUCGAGAAUACCAAUCAACUAUUCGAUUUACUCAAAUCCAAGAAUUACGUAGUGUUCGAUAAUUAUUCACUUGGGCCUUUGGUGAAGAUUCAUCUACUCAGGAAUGAAGUUGAUAAAGCUAUGGAGACUUUUGAGCGUCUAUCGCAUGAAUACAACUGUACACCGUAUAAAAAUGUUCUCGCAACAACUCUGAUUGACGCCGAAGACGCUAUUUCCUUGCAGAAACUCACAGAUCUCUGCACUGAAAUUCAUGGAGAGAGCAAUGCACUAGUUGAUCUUGCGAUGCUAUUUCUGGAGUGUGGGAGACCCAUACAGGCGAGAAAAAUCCUCGAGACGUCGGGUAUUCAAAUGUUCAAUGAUAAAAUCACGAGUGCAGUUAAACAUUUUGAUGCACUUGAAAAAUUCGAUUGCCUCGAGCUUUUAUCGAAGAUCUCCAGGGCGGUUAUGAGGAUAGACAGGGGUCACUUGUACAAUUCUCUUCUGGAAGUUUACAACAACAGGAAUGAUUGGCAGAAAGGAUUAACCCUGUGGACAGAAAUGCAGGAGAUGGACGUUCAGCCGACUAAUUAUUUCCUGAAUACCCUGAAUUCAUUGCUGACGAGAAAUGAACAACCAAUACCUUUUAUUCAUGAGAGUUCUGCAGAACCUCGGUUACCAUCUGUAGCACCCUCAGUUCGUCAUCCACGAAGACAGAGGCUCAGGAAUACCUUUGUAUUCGAUGAGAAAUUUAAAAAUGCCUUGAAGCUUAAGGAUUGGGCUGCUGCUGAGGACAUCAUCAGGUCUGGCAUAAGAGGAAAGAAAGAAAUGAGAUUUAUGUAUACAGAAUUAAUUCACGCGGUUUUGGAAGAUGGCGACGUGGAGAGAGCAGGUGAUCUUGUCCGAGUGAUCAUUCAAGAAUUAGGAGGCAUCUCCAAGAGGUUGUUCACAUUAGUCUGUGAAGAAUUGCUAGCUCGAAAAAAGCAUAAGACUAUUGAGGAUAUCGGGGCAUCUAUGACUGAGGAUGUCAAGGACGAUCUCGAUUAUUAUAAAAUAUUAUCGCGUUCGGAAAUUAGAAAAUCGGGAAUUAAAAAAUAUCUGCAAGAACUGAAAGUCGAUGAACCUGUGGGUGAAUUCAGAUCCUUUGAAAAGAAGGUACACUUUGGAGAGAUGAUGCAUGGGUUGUUGAAGGAUCCUAGCUAUGUAGAGGAUUAUGAAAAGUGGGCAAGGAAUAUGAUGAGUCAACAGAUCAGUAGGGGAAUGCACGUCUUGUGGAAUUAUUAUUUUGUGAAGAAUAAUGCAAGGGCUGAAGAACUCUGGCAUGAGUUCAUCCUCAAUGCAACUUCUCCGUUAGUGAGGCCCAUUAUUGAACUGUCCGUGGAAUCGAAGGAUCCAGUGUUAUUGAAGAAAUUGUUGAUGAAGCUGGAGUCACAUCCACGAUUGAAUGUCGGGACCAGGUGUAGAGUCAUUUCUGGAUUGAUACAGGCGCUCAAUGCCACGGGGCAGUACGAGGAGGGACUCGAGGUGUUGAAAGAUGCCAGCAAACGGUACCGAUUGAGUUUAUUGAAUCUCAACGUUCUCGAUGAACUCAAGCAAGGAAUCGAGAAAUCUGGCAAGAAUUUUCCCUUCAACCUCCAACAACAAGAUACUAAAGUGGUCAGUGAAGUAAUCCAGGAACCCAUGAAGGAGUCCGGGAGGGCGUAGAAUAGUAGCGGUGAAACUCGCUUAAGUUUAAAUUAAUCUAAUGAAUUUACACUUACGAUACGACGAUUAUGUAGAUGAGCAUUAUCCAUUGUGAACAUCAUCUUUCGCCCUGUGAGGUUGUUUUUAAUGUAUGAGGUGGGAACGAGAAUGCGACAAUUAUUAAAGUUGUGUGGUGUAGAAUUUAUUUAAUUGAACACUCGAUUUUGGCCCUUAAAUUUCGAAGCCCUCGAAAUAUUGCGGAUUUGAAACUUUUGUUCCGCUCCACUUGCGUAUUCCAAAGAAAAUUAAUUGGAAAUCGUUACUGAGGAAUAAAUAUCAGGGAUGAGUCGGUGAAAUAAUUUUGGAGAGAUACACUAGAAAAACGAAAUUGUAACAAAUUCAACGAUAACUUCAAAACCAUUUGUUUCAGUAUUUAAUUAAAGUUUCAAAAUAAAAAGUGGUAAGUUUAUCAUUUAUAUCACAUUGUAUCUUGAUAAUGUAUAGAUAACAAAUAUAUUACGUUGGCAUAGCAAUUAUCAAUAAAAGAUAUUCGACUCGUAAAUGAAUGAGACAUGAAAUAAUUUAUUUUAUUCUUUUAUUCAUAAAAUUCACUCUUCAUAAGCAAAAAAUUCCACGGUAAAAAAUCAGUUGAACAUGUUCUUGAAAAGUUUAAUAUUUAAUUUUGAAAAGUACAAAAAUUAUAGUAGAAA